ACACCCUCACCCUCGCCCUCCAUCUCUCACCCACACUUUUGCGCUCCGGAAGCAGCACGCCCUCCUUUUCUCUCUCACACACACUCUCUUUCCCUUCCUCUUCCAUCACGCCCAUCCGGCAGCACGCUCUCUGCUCAGCCAAGCAUUCUCCCUUGCAUUCCUUGCGCCUUCGAGAACGACCGCUACCCCACGCGACAAGCAUUCCAGCGCUGCCUCUCGGCAAACAACGGGAGAACGUUAUCCCCUCGACGCAUCUUCAUCCACUCUGCUCGCAGCCACUCAUUUCACGCGUCCAACGACACGGCUGAACAUCACAGGUCACCACCAUGAAAUACACAAUCAUUUCCAUCGCGGCGCUGGCGGUCGCGGCUGCGGCGCAGCCCUACCAUCGUCACCAUCAUCACCACGACCAUCUCCACGCGGCCAAGCGCCAGAAUGGGGUUGACGUUGUUACGGAUGUCGUCACCACCACCCUGGCCGCCGAGAUCGUCUACGUCAACCAGAACGGCCAGCCCGUGUCUACCUCAUACGUCGCCGGCCCGGCCACAACCACCGCGGCGUUGUCGGCUGCCUCCGUCCCCUCGA